AGUAAUUGAUGACGCUGGAGCUGUGGAGGUGUCUCACAGCAGAUCCAGCCUCCCCGAUGUAUCCUCCUCCUCCUCCUCCUCCUCCUCCUCCUCCUCCUCCACAUCAGCUCUGUCCUGCAGUUCUCUUCUCCUCAUCUGUUAUCAUACAGCUGUGCUCCGUACCUCUCACAUUAUCCUCCCUCCCUCUGGAGACCUCCACAGCCUCCUGAGCCCUUCAGGACACAACGCCCUGAGUUAGGGUCACCUCAACUCUACACCUGGGUGGCAACUACUUCAUACUACAUAUUUACACCGCUGGAUCAAGAGGACUUUUUCCUUUCACCUCCAGGAGCGGCUUUCUUUUCUGCUGAUCGGGAACCUUCUUAAUCUCACGUGUUUGAUUGUUUCUGCCGUCAGAGUUAUAAAUAUCUUCAGGGCUCUUUUCCGAGGUUGUUUGUUGCUGGAAGAAGGAAGCUGUUCUGAGGAUUUUUACACCAGGACUGAGAGGGAAUCAGCAGAUUUCUCACCUGGAGGCUGAGGAUGGAUUUCAUGUACUUCUGGCUCCUCGCUACUACUCUGAUGUUGAUCCAUCAGCACCAAGGUAAAGAAAUCCCAGAUAUCUUUGAACAAAAAUGAAACUUUUGAGUGUUUUCUCUCUGGCAGGUGAAGUGCUCCUGCCUUCAGGGACAGAAAACUCUCUGUAGAGUUGUUGCAUUUAGUUUUGGAUGUAAUCACACCUAAGUUAAUGAGGACAGACUGACAUGUAAGAUCUUGUUGAAUUUUUUAAGCGUCUGCUCUCUGAAAAGACAUCCGCAGAUAAAAUGAUCACAGCUGGAUUUUUUUUUAAAUCCUGCUUGUUGUCUCUUGCAGUCUCGGUGGUGAUAGAGUAAAUUCUCCACAAAGCAUAUCAUAAAUAAUGAUUAAAUCCUGCAGGUCUUGAUUUGCCUUGAACUCAUAUUUUGAGAGUGUCGACCUGGUAGGUUUGUGGAGGGAGAGGUGAAGCGCCUGGCUGUCUCUUCCACUGUGUUUCUGCCUUUGCGGUGUGAUAAUUUAGUUACGAGGCACAUAAUCUAAGCCUAAUAAGUAAUUUGGGAAUGCGCAACAAAAUCCAAACUGAAUAAAAGGGAUAAAAUCUACAAACAUUAUGACCAUGACACCCCAUCUUUAACCUCUAACAUGGGUGAUAAAUCAGGACCUUCUUUAGGGUCAUUAUGCCCCUCGGUUGAUCCUCUGUUUUAGUGUCGUGCAUUCCUAAACACCACAUCAAACACAGACCUCUCUGCACAGUCAAUAAUCCAGAUUCUGGUCUACAAAGUAGGACACCAGUGAGUGAUGAGGUUGCUGACCCUGUGAGAAUUUUCUCACUCAAGCAAUUAGGGGAGGGGGGACUUGAUUUUGCAUUGCCUGAUUUCACUGCAGCAAAGUUGCGCCGUAACAACAGACAGUAUUUGAGAGUAGGAGUCUGGACUGAUGUGUUGGUUAUAAAUAACUUGGUUUUAAGAGUUGGCUGUUCCAUUUAAACGAUAUUAUGAAGAGCUGAGAGAGAUGGUUCCUUAUGAGUCCAAUGAGCCGUAACUCCCAUCAGUAGGUGCAUGAGGUUGUUCACCUGAGAUACAAGAAAGAUCCAAAUCUGAUCAUACAGCCUUCAUAGAUUUAAAGUGAUUUGUGGAUUAGAUGUGGCUUUGAGAGAAAAGUGAAACCAAAUAAGAUUGAAAAUCAUUAUCUGUCGUUCAAUAAAAGUUCUGCCUCUGGGAAUACUUUUUUGUGAUGUCGCCAAACACUUCAACUAACAAUCUGGGCCAAUCAGUGAGAAAUGCAGCACAACUAUUCUGCUCACUUUGUUGUGACACAUUUGUCCCAAGGGAUCUCUCUUAUGGUGCAGCUGUUGCAGACUCUUUAAGGCUGCAGGCCAUGAAACAGGCUGCUAAAAAAACAGCCACAGACUGAUGAAGACACAGUCAAAUAUGUAGAAGCAGGAUCCAUGAGUAAAAAAUUCAUUACAAAGCUGAAGAAACUGAUAUAUUUGUGAAUUUACCUGACUGUGAAGAUAUAUCCAUUUAAACCCUUAUAAUAAGUAAGAAGCAUACAGGUCUGUCUACUGCGUUUUCCAAUAAUUGUCCCUGGUGAUGUUUCUUUAGGACAAAAACACACAAUAACUCUAAACCUAAUUAAAAGUAGUGCAAAGAUGACAUACUGGACAAUGAAACUUUGAAAUUUUAUUGUUCCAUGAAAAUUAUUAAUGUAAUUUAAAAUGGUUUGCAAUCAGCUCAUCACUGCUAACCUCAUUUGUGGUACACGGUACAUGGACUGUAACUGUGUAUACCACGUGUAGGCUACUAAAGUGACUCUUCACAGCACACAGUCUUACUUAUCCAGCGGUAUCAAGGCAACAUCAGUGUCAGACCUCAGUCCAAUCUCCUCCCUCAGGGCUCUCCAUCAAGGAAAAGCAACACCAAUGCAAAUCAGCGUUAGUCUUCUCUGUUUGGAUCCAGUUCUGAACCUCUUGGUCGCUUAUUCGGGUUCUCUGACAUGUUGCUUCUAGCCGCUCUCUCUUCCCUUCUUGUUGUCAGGUAAAACCGAGUAGAAUGUGUCAUUUCCUGUGCACCAGUGCGAGAAUGUUGCCACUGACACCAAAUACAAAAACCAUAAAUACUGAAAAAUACCGUGAGGUGUUAGAGAAGCCGAACGGCUUAAUCAGCGUUUUGUCAUCUCCUCUUAUAAUGGCUUAGGUGAAAUGGGUAUUUACAGACAUGUAGAAGUUACGCACUUAAGUUUUAAGGUUAUUUAGAGCCCAUGCAGAGGUUCCCACUCAAAAGUCCUGUCUGUUUUUAAAGCAGUGCUGCCUGAGGGCCUGAAGAUCAGGACCAUCCCGUCUUGGUUUUGGUCCUUGUCCCUUUAGAACAGAGAUUUCUCCAGGUUCUCUGAAUCAUGUAAUGAUAUUAUGUAACUACUGAAGAUGACAAAUCUACUCAUUCUUUCACAUUUGACACUCAGGAAUAUUCUUGGUGGUGAAUCCCGAACCCUAACCCUCUCUGAAUGUCAUUUUCACACACAGUCAUGUCACCAACCUGGAGAAAAUUAACAACUUUUAACCAGUUUGGUUGUUUUUCUGUAAGAACGUUUUACCAGUUUGGUUGUUCCUAUGAUUGAAAAUGAAAAAAGCAUUGGAAAGUUUAAAACAGACAUAAGUCUCAGAUAGUCACGCUGUUACAUGUCUGAGGAGAAGUUCUCUCAUAAAAACUUAGCACUGAGUGUUGAGAACGUCGAGGCAGACAGACACGUCGCCUGAGGAGAGGUGUGUUGCCACUUAAGCUGACCUCCUCAUUUAGAAAUGGGGGCUUGUUUGUACCAGCCUUAAAUCCAGUCAUUUCCUCCCGUCCAACUAAGCACGCUCAUUACUGUCACAUGAAACUACCCAUCAUGAGACACACGCUGAGCUGUGGGGAAAUGCUGCUUUUUUAAACAAUUGGAAAAAACAAGAAGAGCCCUUUUGUUUCAUCCUCUGAAUGAUAUUUUCAUCCUAAAAGUCUUUGGAGUUUGACGUCUGCUGCAAAGAUCUGGAACUUUUUAUUCUCUCACCGCAUAAUAAGUCUUUUAAAUCAGGGUCUCUUUCUUUAACAUCCUGGGUGUUAAAUAAAAGCUUUGGUAAACACAGGAAUGGCUACGUAAGCUUGUAAAGAAAGUAGGCUGUAAAUAAAUAACCUUGCUGCCUUUUUCAAACUCGAUCAAAUCGAGCCUCUGACACUGCCGAGAGCUGCACUGUUCAGUUACAUGAAUAUCUGUAUAAGUAAUCAUUAAUGUAAAGCAUCACAUGUGACAGAUAUUUAGACCUUUGGUGCAGGGCUAUGUAGUGUCUUGUGUGUUGGAGUUUAGCACCAGAUCUUGCAGGGGCGAGAACAGUGCUUGUGUAUCCUCUAAACUCAGAGGAGCCUGAUUUGUGCCUGUUGUUUGUCAGAACUUUUAGACUUUUGGUGUCACUAACAAAGUCCAGAUUUUUCUAUUGUUGCCUAAUAGAGUUAAGAAACUCCAGUAUUAAACUUGGUUGGUUUAUAAAGAAAUCAGCUUCAGUCUACAUCUGUGGUUGAUUCAGUCAUUGUUAGCAGGGAUACGGAUCCCAACUAAAGCCCCUGUUGUUGAGCGCUGAUACCUUUGCAUGAAUUUAGUGAGUUAUCUGGCAUCUGGUCUAAAGUUGUCAUUAGCAGAGGUAAAGACAGUCUCACUGAUGGUCCCGUGUGCAGUAAAUGAUUGACAUGUCAUUUUUCGGAAACACUAGCCGUGUUAACAUGUGCAAAAUUUCUUGAUCCGAUUAAAAAUUUGAGGGAUCAGAUAAUCUGAAUCCACUGUUGAGCGCAAAAUCAAAUAAUCCAAGUUUUAUUCAGAUAAGAAGCAUUUGGACAUGUGCAAAGUUUUCUAGUUUCGCUAAAACAACUGCAGAAGAAGAGUUGUAUUUACGUCUGCACUGUCAACAAACCAACAAACGCGGUAGUGGCUCACUCCAUCCAAUUCAGGAGUUUUCUCCCUGUUAAAUGUUGUCACUAGAUGGCGACCUUGCGUACUUAUUUUACUGUUCUGUCAAAGGUUGCUCUAUGCGAGUGCCAUCAUUACGCUGUAUGUACACCUUGUUAUGGUAAAGGAGGAGCAGACAUGGCACGUGCGGUUGUGUUCCAUACCAGAGUGUUAAUAAUGAAACCUCCUGUACUGACCUCAAUAAAUAAGCCAAAGACUAAAGAGUGAAGAUCGAGUCGGGUCAGAGAGUCACGGUCAGAAGAAGUGUUUACAUGGACACGUUUCAGAAUAACGAUCGGCAUAAACCACGCCUCUCGAACUAAAUACAAUUUCUUUUUGAUUGAGCUGAACUGGAUUAGAAUUUUCCAAUCAACAUGUUUACAUGACGCAUUUUUAUACCAAUCAGGCGUUUAUUACGAUUGCCCAUGUAAAAAAAGUAAUCUCUCUGCUGCUCUGCUUUUGGGAACAGUCAGUGCUGUGGAAAAUCCAGUUGAUUAUUGACACAUUGAUAUAAUAUUUAGUCUUAAAAACAAAAGAAAACUGUAAAAACAUUCUUCUCUACUUUUCUAGAUCUGCCCUCCACCUCCAGUGCUUACCACUUUGAAAAGAAAUUAGCUGCCAUGUUCCUUUCUUUCUGGGACAGGUAUGCAGAAUAAAUAUCCAGGCAUUCCUUUCUCUCUUCUGUUAACACUGAAUGCCUCCAACUAUGUGCCAUCCCAUUGUUUCAUCAAUAUCCAGAACUAGUUCUGAUCUGGAACCAGAUUUUGAUUCCUCACCUCCCGAACAAACACGUCAGACACACACAGUACAAAAGGUCAACAUGGAUAUUAAUGGCAUUUUAAAAAAAACUUUCAUAAAACUAUGUCUUGUAACUUUUCAGACACAUACUGGGACGUAAACCAAGAGGACUUUUUGUGGCUUUAAUUUAAAGGUUCCAAAUUUCCUCUGUCUAAAAAUCAUUUACUUUGUGGGUCAGGAUAGUUUUUCAGGUGGGUCAGGUCCCCUGGUGGAUGGACGCCCUCAUUGGCCUAUUAUUGGAGGUUACUGAUAGAGGUAAAAGUGUGCCUGACUCUUAUUAGCUCAAACAGUUUCCAGCCUGUCUGGGGAUUUAACCUGGAGACAUUUGGGCUUAAAAAGGUCCAAAUUGGGCCAAGAGUUUACCCUGGCGAUCAUGUUUGCCUUGCUACCUUUAUUACCUCCCAGAAACUUGAGUCCACUGAGGCUACAACAACACAGAGGAAGCAAAACUCCAGCUCGCGUGUUUAAACUUCAGUCUGCGCCCUCUCACUGCUGACACGAUCACACUGGAUCUGUGUUUUUGGGACCUACCUGCAGAACGGCUCCGGCCAACCCAAACAGCCCACUGGUGGAUUAGGCAGCUCAUCCACUUGUAUAUUGUCAAAUAUUGUCGAACCCUGUGGAGCCAGGCAGACUCUCUCAUAACAGGCAGAGAAAUUAAACUUUGGCUUGGCAGCCCUCAAAUAUGUAAGAGCCUGAACAGGGUUUUACCUCUUGAGGUUUCCCACUGGAACCACUGAUGCAAACUUACACUGACUCCUGCACAUGCUCUCAAAGAAUGCAUGCUCACGGGCUCGCAAACAUCAGAAACACUGCAUGUAAUUAUGGGGAGAGGAAGCCUGCAUUGUUAUAGGAGUUUGGAGGAUUGAACAGGUGCCAAAAGAGCAGACAGGAACCUGACAUCUUGGAAAAGUUGAAAGGUUUCGUGGUCCAUAAAAAAUAAAAGACUGCCUUGAGCAAGGAAACAAUAAAAUGCAGACUUUCAGUAUGCUAUCUGAUGCCACUUUCACCCCCGUCACAUAUCCAAGCUUAAGCUUUGACUUUUACUUUGAAUUCAGCAUCAAGUGAUCAACUUGAGAUAACGGUCUAAUAACACAUGCAUGCUGGCCUCGCUGGGAGGUUUCUGCAGGAUUUUCUGCCGGGUUUUGGGAGUUGAUGGAACUUAAAUUGCUCUAAGCCAUCUUUGGAGAGAUCUGCAACUUUUCCCCUGCAAAUAUCUUCGAAAUAAAAACUGUUGCAUCAGGAUGUGAGUGCAAGAAUGUUUAUUUCACAACAGUGGAAAAUUGAGUCUGAUUCACCAGUAUGAUAUUUAGUUGAAUUAAACAGGCAGCUCAUUACAAACGGAAAGGCUGAGGUCAGACGGUUCUGGAUGAAGGUGUGGUUUCUUCUUACUUUGUGUUUCAUUGAAUCCACCAUCAGUUUUUGAGCAUCUUGUCCUUGAACCAUACUCCUUCUAAUUCCUGGCUCGUCUGACUUUGCCAAAAGAGGAAUCAGAUAUUUUUUCAGCUGCUUUUUUACUGUAUGACUACUGAUGCAAAACAGCCAAGUUUCAGACUACAAACAAUGACUCAAACAUCAAACAUUUCUUAAUGUGCAGGGAGAGUUGUUUGAACCGAUUUUCUUUCCAUCCAUGUAUUGAUCCAAGGUAUUGUUGGAAAUUGUCUUUAUUUGUUUGUAUAACUACUUCAAGUAUCCAAAAAAGCUGCUCCACCGGCACCGCUAACCAUAUCUGAGCAGUGAGAAGCUCCUGAUGCAUUCAACGUGACUUUAGCAGCUGUAACACAGAGUGCUCUGUGAUCCUUUCCUUCCUAGAAACAGUCAGCAGUACAAACAAUCAUUACAAAGGAUAUUUAUGUGCACAUGUGGUGAAUUUGGUGAAGUUUUUUUCCAUCAUCCUUAAACAUUAUGCUCUGCUCUCUGUAUGGGAUUGGUCAAGGGAUGCCAAAGGACGAGGGCACCACCAACGCUGUCUCUUCCCACACCUGCUUAAUCUCAGCCAUGCCCAAACUAAAAACCACAACAAGCUCUCUGUCAUAUGUACUUUAGACACACAACCACAAGAUAAAUUCAUUAUGUGACCUUUAUAUAAACAUUAAUUUAACAAGUCCCUGAUUGUUCCUGGUGUUCAGAGGAAAUAUUUCUGAGGAUUUAAUAUCAAUACAAAACUCACCUAUUCACCUACUGGAACCUAUGUGUGUUUUCUGCAUUUUUAGGGCUACAGUAGAGAGAGAGGCUAAACAUGUCAUUCAAACCUGGUCUUUUCAAGGAGAAUGGUAAAAACCAGUCAGAGAUUUCAUCCAACAUCUUUGCAUUAAACCUUCCUGUUUAACCCUUUAGAGGGAUAUUCCGGCGUUAAAUUAAUUUAGGGUCAAACACACUGUAACACUGAUUUUGACACCCCCUCAAGAGAUGAAUGUUGAUGACCACUUGCUUCUCUAGUUAUACCAACUUUAGUAAUGACCAUACGAUAGAAAUACACAGCGGUCUAUGGAACCACAUACAAACCUCAACCAAAACGCAACUCUAUAGCCACAAAUAAUGCUCAGAAAAGCACCUAACUUCUUCAACAGUACAUACAGGGUCCCAGUCAUAGUACUAGCUAUCAAACAUCUUUUAAAUUUUACCCAAUUUCUUUAGCAAAAACAUCAAACACAACUCACCUACACUCUUCCAACAGCCUCUUGUUUGUAGUGAGACCUCGGGCCAGUCUAUUUUGGACUGCAGUGGGGUGACACAGCUCAGGGAAGAACAUUUAUGAUAAUUUCUUAUCAUUUCCUUGAAGUAAUAAUCAUCAUAUUAAUCAUUUUGCGCUGCAGACGUGGUAGUUCUUCUGCCUUAGCGUCUCGGUCUGAUUGCAUUUCCAUGAAGAAAUGAUCAUAAAUGUUCUUCCUUUAGCUGUGUCACCCUGCAGCAGUCCGUAAUGGAUUGACCCGAGGUCUGCAUGCAAACUGCUGGAAGAGAGUAGGUGAGUUGUGUUUGGUCUCUUUGCAAAAGAAAUUAGGCAAAGUUAAAAAGAUGAUUGGUGGCUAGUGCUGUGGCUGGGACCCUAUAUGUACUGUUGAUGAAGUUAGGUGCUGUUCUGAGCAUUAUUUGUGGCUAUACAGUGGCGUUUGGUUGAGGUUUGUGUGUGAUUCCACAGACCGCUGUGUAUUGCUAUUGUGCGGUUGUUAUUUAGGUUGGUAUAACUAGAGAAGCAAGCAGUCGGCAACAUUCAGCUCUCAAGGGGGUGUCUAACUCAGUGUUACGGUGUGUUUGACCCUAAAUUAGUUUUAUGCUGGAAUAUCCCUUUAAGUUAAUAUCAUGAAUAGUGAGAAUGUAUGUUUAAACCUGUGUGUUGGCUCGACAGGGGAGUGAGGGCACGGUGCAUGUCAGGACAUCAUGUUUGGAUAAAAAUGGAGAAACAUGCAGCAAAGAGCCAAGUAUAUAAAAUAAAAUUACAUGAACUCUGGCUGUGUUCCAACAGAAAUACUGCAGGCUGUGAUUCUUUAAAGCAUAUUUCAGUUUCGUGUGUAGAUUCAAACCCCUGUCAUCUCCACCACAAAUCUUCCACGGCUUUCUGUUAAAGGAAAUUUGGAAACAUGCAAAGUCAAAUGGCUCUCUGUGAGCCAUGUGAAUUUUAGUGAUGGAGUACUCCAAACCACAAAAUAUAUCUCUGCUGCGCCAGGUGAUAAUUUUAUAAAGCUGUUUCUCAUGUUUCACUUCCACUGUUCUGUUAAAGUACCCACACAGAGUUAAUACAAUGCUGAUUGCACAUUUCAUGAUUAAGGACCAGUUUGUUAUCCAAUUUCCUGCUGCUCAUGAGGACUCUGGAUGAGCUGCAGUUAACCGGAGACAUAUAAAAUCAAUCCACUCCAUUAUCCACUUAACCUGCUGAAAAUGAAGCAUCAGUCUUUAUAUCCAUCUGCGGGAGCUCCUGGAAAAGUGUUGUACAAAUCUGCCAGUCUUUGUUUGUUCUACACCCUCCUGCACGCCAAAAACCAGCUCUUGUUCUCUAGAUAAUUCUUCUAUGAGUCCAGAGUCUCUAGUCUGGUGAUCUUUCACAACAUCUUCCCUAGAGGCGCCAACUCCAAAAUCACCUUCAGCAAUUUUUUUAUUAGAUGAAUUCAGUGGGGAAUAUAUUGUGACAUCAGUUUAUCCAUGUCGAUCAGUCUGCUCAAAAGUUCCUUUUUUAAUCUUCUAUUCAUUUUUCCUCUCUGCAUGCAAUAAGAUGACAUUGCCUUAUUUUAUUGUUGAUAAACACAGUCCAACCAUGUGAAAAAACCCAGUGAGAUAAGAGUGGAUUUCUCAGAUAGCAAUACAGACUCCAAACUACCCUUUUCAUUUUGGUUUUGAAGUCCUCUCAUUUCCUUAUUUUUAUUUUAGCUAAUUUUAGCACAAGAUUAAUGAAAAGCAUUAACCCAAACAAAUGUGAUAGGCUGAUAUAAUGUGCAAACACUGAUAUAUAAAGACAUGUAUAAUCUGCAUAAUAAUUGAUUGAGGAGAUGUUACAAAAAGAGGUGAUGCAUUGUGAGAAAGUUGGUACAGCUGAUUAAUAUGUGAGCGCCCACGUUACCCAGCUACCAUCUCAAGAUAUGAACAAAGAUAAUUUUAUUGAUUUAUUAAUGAGUUAUUCAUACAGGUAGAAAAAACUCCCCCAGUUUCCCUGUUAUGUCUGUCUGGAUGUUGGUAUAUCCUAUCGGCUGAAAUACAGGUUGGAUUAAUAAUAGGCUUAACAUUUUCAUUCACACUGAAGCUGUAACAUCAGUGUCUUUUUAUUGACAUUCUUAUGAGAUGUGGAUAAAAGUAAUUAAAAGAAAAUAAAAAUCAACUACAAUAGCAAUGCAAAACAGUACACCGGAUAUGUACACCGAUGUGCGCUGGUACUCGGAUAGUCAGAAUUACAACUAUUGUCAAGGGAUCUUAAACAAUCAGGAUCAGGUAUUAAACUCAGUUUGGUGACUGAUAAGAAAACCUGGUGAUAACAGGAUCUAAACUUUUUGCCACAGUGUCAACAGGCCGAGGUGAAAUGCGACAGUCUCAUUACUGUGGAUUACUUUGAUUUGGCAUGUGGAACCAUCUCUUGUCCGUUGAGAAGUACAGUAUAUCACUGAUGUUUGAGGAUUUGGGGUCCAAUCAGAAUCAAGCAUUUAACACAGGAAAGUGAUCAAUAUUAGUAAACUGAGUGAGUGUGAAAACACUAGAGUUGAAUUUGAAGGGCCCGAGAAUAGAUCCCUGAGGAACUCCACAUGCAAUUUGUGUUUACUCAGACUUAUAAUUCUGUUAUGAAGCACAAAGUGAUCCCUGUCCUGUAAAUUAGAUUAAACCCCAAUAAACAGAGUUAUUAAAGUUUUUAAUUUAUGAUUUUUUGUCUCAAAUCCUUUGGCGAGUGUUUCACUAAACUUUUCUAGUUUCACUAAAUCUGGUUUUCUUCUUUUUGAUAUCGGUUUACAGACUAUGAGUGUUAGGUUAAGAGUCUAUAGUCCUUGGUCUCUGUUCUAUUCUGGUAGUCAUUGCAGCUCUGAAUGAUGGAUUGCAGAGUUUUCUAGGGUCAUUUUAACAUUAUAGAUAAUCAUAUUGUGGUGUGUUCAUGGUUGACAGUCUUCAUGUGGUUUUGCCCACUUGUUUGUGCUUCUCUCCAUGAAUAUAGUCAGUGUGAAUUUAAUGAGGAGCCAAUGAGGUUUCAAUUUGCUCCACACAAGGAGCUCUGCAGAACCCCCCCCCCCCCCCCCACAAACUUCUGAUUGUUUUGCACUCUUUUCAGCUCUUACAUACAAUAAUAACAUUUGUAAUCUGGUCUGCAAAGCUGUAGCCAUCUUACCUUAUAGGGAUGAGAGCAUUCAGGGACAAAACAUCUGAUGUGUUUGCACAAAGCAGCAAAAUAAGAAGUGCCAAAGCUGCAGUUCCUCAGAGGUCCACUUGGGGCUGGGACAUCAACCCUUGUCUGUUCUUGUGGUAUUAAGUUCUGCCAUGUUUUCUGUCUAACCUAGUGACCCCUUCCAGGAUAAUACAUAAGAGGUGUGUUCGGCCCAUUUGUGUGUUUUCGAAGGUUACAUGAUGACCGUGGAUGAAAAGCGGAACAUAUCUGUGCAAAAUGGAUUAAAUCCACGAGCAGCGUUAGAACAGAACAUCUCAGUCCGACCCAGUUUAGUUUGGCUGUUCGGAUAGUGACCAUGCAAACCGUUGGAGCCCAUGUUGGCUUUGUGUUUAUUAUCUCUGAAAGAGGGGCUUCAGAGAAGGUGGCAGAGUUCACUGUCUGAAAGUGGAUCUAAUCCAAAAUGAUUGGUUGUCUUGACACUUGCCCUCAAGUUGAAUUUUAUUAUAACAAUGGAAUCUUUUUGAUUGGUGGUGGUGAUUCUGAAUGACGUCAAGGCCAAAACUGCAGCAGAUUAUCCUCAGUGUUCUGCCCACUGUGGAUGGCCCAGUAGGAACAGGAUUUUCAUGACUGGUCUUUGCACCAUAAUGGACUGGGCCCAAUGUUUAAGUGAAGAGGAGUUAACAUGCAUGGGUGAGGUGAGGGUUGGGCCUUGCUGCAUCUCUGGAAAUAAUGAGUGUGUUUAGUCCUGCGGUAUGCAUUCUGUGCAUGAAAAAUAUGUCGAAUUUCCUGCAGUAAAUGAUGAUGACUGAAAGUUUGUAAACCAGCAUGCAGCUCUUUUGUUGUCUUUUACCUUUACUUUGCUAUAAGCAGCACCUGUGGUUAUAAUGAUACAUGGAAAAGCUCCAAAAAUAACAUCACAAACAGAUGAUUCUGCCUAAAAAUCAAAGCAGGUAUCAAGGGUGACAGGACUCUCAUGUUGGAUAAGGACAUUAAUAUCUGCAGUUCGGCAUCAGGGGAAGAAAAAGGUCAGACGAGACAGUGUCUCUGUUCUUCUGCGUCUCUGUGAUUCAGUCAUGAUGGAUGUCUGGCAGAGAGCUGCAGUGUUGACAGGUCAGUCUGUUUGGCUCCAGAACACACAGACACCUGACCUGGACAGACCUGGACCUGGAGCCUCUUUACAACAGCAGGUGUGUGAAGGAGGGUUAUCCUAGGUGAAGGCAAAGUAACGUGACUGUAAUGCAACAAGAGGCCAAAGAGCAGCAGCGUUAUCAAAAACAGUCUUUAGACUUUAUGUUUUGACAUAAGGGAGAUGCGUCUAAAAUGCACACUUCAGCACCACGGACAGAGAAUCUGAAUAUUUGUCAAGUUCAGUCCAACUAUCCUUGCAGAAGAGUUUGUAGCCCCCACCUUGUAUGACAUGGAAUGAUUCAUACAAGGCGAAAAACUAACAAUACACUUGAAAAUAAAACAAGUAGAGCUGUAAUAAUGUUAGGUUUGACCCCAUAACCACGGCCGAUAUCAAUAUUUGCGUUACUGGUUGACUGAGACGGGCCAGUUACAAUAUUGUGGGAAUGACCAGAACAUAAAUCAGUGUCUCACAAUGGAAAGUCUUGGACUUCAAUGUUUUGAGAACGUUUUCAAAUUCAUGUCAACAAUAACCACAGCCUGAUCUAUAUAAAGCUUCUGUGAGGUUUUAAAGGGUUAUGAAACAGACUGAAACUAAUUUUGACAUUUAAUGACCUAUAAAAACAAAACAAACCAUUGGCGACGGCACUGACAGCUUUUGUGGUUAUUUUUUAUGUCUGAAACAGCUGGGCAAAGGGAUUAGAUACAAGCUGCCAAACAGCAUUUUUUACUUUCACUACAGCAAAGGCUCUCGUCAUACAUCUGACUUUUAAAAAUCAGGAUUAAAUUCUUUGUUAAUGUCACACAAGAGGUACUGCCAAGCCCCAAAGUUUCUAAGUGUGCCAUACCACUAACAUGCCUCAAUACUUGUUUGUCUGAAAUGACGAGGCAACUUUAUUUGGAUCCAAAGUAUGGCUGUUUGGUACUUUCAUGGUGACAUAAGAGUCAUUUAGGUCCUCUAAAAUCAGCCUAUAAUCUUUGUCACCAAGCCAAAGUAUUCAAAAGCGUGUCCAAUCGCCCGUUAAACAGUAUCAUUACAUACAGCUAAACAUGGAUGCUGAUUGUAAACAUGCUUGUAGAAGACCGAGUUGAAGAAAAUUGGUCAGUCAUUCAGUAUUUCCUCAAGGCAAUGGUUUCCUGGAUAUAUAUAUUAUAUAAUAUCUUCCUUAAUGUUGUAAAUAUUUGUACGACUGUUAAUUGUUGAGUCUCCAGGACUUAAACAACACAGGUUUUGUGUUAACUUGCAAAACAAUGGUUUGGAUUUUUUUGUGUUUCAACAAUCUUCAAAGCUCUUGUGAAUUCUUCUUCCUCUGAUGUCAGACGGGUUACAGCCAGGACAUGAACUUUUUAAAUAUUAAAAAAACAUCUUCUCUGCAGACUUUCCAUGAAUAACAACCUCAAGUAUUUGAUUCUGUGGGACGCGGCGAUAUAGAGAACAGACCUAUACCAUUUAUGGUGAGGAGAGGUGUUAUUUUGUGCCAAUGUGUAAAUCCUUCUGUAGACGCCCAAACAUUCCCGUGUGCGCCGGGAGAGCAGGAUCAAAGGCUGCCUGUGGGCUCCGCAGGCUUUACAGGCUCUCACUGUGUGUGUUUGUGUGCUUUUUUAGAGUGCAUACGUGUGUGUGUGCAGGGAAGUGUGUGUUCAGGUGGAGCUGCUCAUGCUGAGGUCUCUGUGCAGUAAAGUGUAAAAAGGCAGAAAGUUGUUCCAACACCUGUGAGGGAGCAGCCAAAACUGAAAAACACAGGAAAAGUUAUAUCACACACUUCAGGGAAUUACACACCAGACGACCUGACCUGGUUCUCCCCCUGAACUACAGGCCUGUUAUAAAUUUUAACUUUUGACUUCCAUCAGCAGCAUUUGAAACAAACUGCUCUUCUUACAGUCACGAACAUGGAAAGUGCUCUGUUCACAUUAUUGGUUAUCAUAGCAGCUUUUGACACCACUGAGCAGUUUGUUGGUCCAUGGAAAUACUUACAGAGAGAAAAGGUCCUUUUCUUUUGUUUGUUUUCUUGACAAAAGAUUGUAAAUGUGUCUCAUCACUUAAAAGCAUAAGUUGUGGUGUUCCUCAGGGUUUAUCUUGGGUUCUCUGUUGUUUGCAAGAUGUUCUCUAACAUCUCUAUGCAGAUAAUAUUCAACUGUGCUUAUCUCAUAAACCUCAACAUUUCUUCUAGAUGCCCAUCCUACUUAACUGUGCUCACUUUAUAAAAGCCUGGAUGGCAAAAACAAUUUUACCUGACACUAUCUAUGUUUACAUGUGCAAAAUUUUUUGAUCCGAUUAAAAAUUUGAGGGAUCAGAUAAUCUGAAUCCACUGUUUAUAUGGGAGCAAAAUUGAAUAAUCCGAUCAUGGCGUACGUAUAGAUGCACCAAGCUUUAAUCAGAUAGAAGCAUUUGGACAUGCGCAGAGUUGUCUGAUUUCACUAAAACAAUAGCAGAAGAAGAGUUGUAUUUAUGCCUGUGCUGUCAACAAACCAAAAAAAGCGGUAGUGGCUCACUUCAUCCAAUUCAGGAGUUUUACCCCUGUUAAAUGUUGUCACUAGAUGGCGCCCUUGUGUACUUAUUUUACUGUUUUGUCAAAGGUUGCACCAUGCGUGCAGAUGUGACAUCAUUACGCUGUAUGUACGACUUGUUAAGUUACUGGAGUAGCAGACAUGGCAUGUGCGGUUGUGUUUUAUGCCAGAGUGUUAAUAAUGAAACCUCCUGUACUGACUUCAAGAAAUAAGCCAAAGGCUAAAGAGUGAAGAUCAAGUCAGGUAAGAGAGUCAUGAUCGGACUAAGUAUUUACAUGGACCAGUUUUGGAAUAACGAUCGGCAUAAACCACCCCUCUCGAUCGGAAUACAAUUUCUUUCCAAUUGAGCCGAAUUGGAUCAGAAUCUUCCGAUCGACAUGUUUACAUGACACGUUUUUAUUCCAAUCGGGCGUUUAUUCCAAUUAUUUGUGCCCAUGUAGACGCAGCUACUGAUAAAACUGAGUUUCCAAUCUCUGUGACUGAUCAUGCUGUCUCAGAGGUGUAGAAAAGUGGAGACCCAAACAGGGACGCCACGAAAACCAAAAUACCAGCAGAAGGUCAAUCCACAAUGAAAAUGAAAAGGAUGAACUCAUGUUGAUUAUACUCCCUCUUUCACUUGUUCUCCCCAGCUUCUACUGUGUCAGUCAUGAGCUCCAAAAUGGAGGAGGGCCCCCUGACGCAGCUGCCCCACACAGCCCACCGGCGUGAGAAACGCUGCUCCUGUGAGAACCAGAAGGACAAGGAGUGCAUUUUUUUCUGCCACAUCGGGAUCGUCUGGGUCAACACCCCAAGGUGAGCAUGCUGCAUUUGUUUUUGUUUUUUUUUUCUCUGUAGUGGAGCGCUGCAGCAUUGUGCUAAAUGUUAAUGUAUGAUCAUAAAUCAAACCAAAGAUAGAGUGUGACCAACACUCAUUGUGAAAACUCAGGGUUCGCUCUGCAGCAACAGCAGCUGGGAGGGCCUCUCAGGGAGGGCUGGAGGUGUGCACAAACAUCAGCGGAGUCCAGAGCUCAGAUAAACUCUCAGUGUUGUGCCAGGUCAGGGGUUUUUCAGGAGGAAAUAACAGUUCACAGCUCUGAAAGCAAAGUCAGCCUUACAAACACAACUGAUAUGAUCCGAAUUUUAAAUAAAAUCAUACAAAUGAUGGAAAUCUUGGACUAGCCGAAGGAAAUAUCUGGGAAGUAUUUUCACAGACAGAGAGAUAUUUGAAAACUGACAAAGAAUCUGUGUUUUCUUUCUGCUAAAAUAUAUUUUGUUGCUCCCUUAGGCUACUUAUUAUGAUUUUAUACACCCAAUACACCCGAAAAAUGACAGGAUUCAAGCUUACUGUUUUUUCUGGAAUUAUCCAAUGAGCAGACCCGAUGAACUUAGUGAAUUAAAUCAGAUUUUUCAGGUUUGCUGGACAAACCUAGUAAAUCUAUCGUGUAUAGCUCCCGGUCUCUUCUACUACAGAGCCAUGCUGUUGUAAUCCAUACAGAAUGUGGUUUGUCAUUGUCUUGCUAUAAUAUGAAGGUCUUUCCUGGAAAAGUCAAUGGCCCCGUUUACAUGGGUCCAAAAAUCCUAUUUACAAUCAGAUUGAAAGGUCAAUCAGAUUCAAAAUGUCUCAUAUAAACACCUUAGCCAAUCUGAUUCACCCGGAUCUGAUUGUAUUUUGGGUCGGAUUGUAAGAGGUAGUCUACACCGAUUGAUAAUCCGCUCCAUGCUCCAUAUAUACGGCUGAGUGGAGCGGAUUGGGUUUACAGAGAGGCUUGCUCGGUCUGCGCAGGCGCUCCAUAGUACGUAAGAGGCACAUAAUGACGUACGCAGAGCGCGCCCGAACGAAAACAAACAUGGCGAACAAACAGAAAAACUGGACGGUGGAGUGUUAAAGUGUGUUGUUUCGUGCGACUGACGAAGCGUACACGUCUUGCUGUGUAACCCGGCUGGAUUAUACUUUUAUUAAACUUCAACACAUAGGGUUCCUUACUCUGCUCGGUAAUUUCGGCGGUGUCACACACAAACACGUCCGUGCACAACUCUAAAACGGAACUAAAACAAUGGUUCCCAUUAACAAUUCCCAUUGAUACAAUACAAUGCAAUCGGAUUCAGCUGGGGCCAUAAAAACACGGAUUGAACGUGGAUCUCUUUACUUAAAGGUCAUGUAUACAGAUGGAAUCAGAUUCACUUAAUCCGAUUGAUUUCAAUCAGAUUGAGGAAAACUCAUAGACUGUAUAUAAGAUAUAUAUAUAUAUAUCUUAUAUAUAUAUAUAUCUUAUAUACAGUCUAUGGGAAAACUACCCAUGUAAACCGGGCCAAUGUCUGGAUGGCAGGAGAUGUUGCUCCUAAACCUGUAGAUAUUGUUCAGCGUUAAUGGAGCCUUCACAGAUGUGGAAGAUACCCAUGACAUGGACUCACUGAAGCGUUGUUUUAAGAGGGUUAAACUUACGCUUUGUUUUCCUCUUCAUGACGAUAUAUCCUAAAAAAAAUCCUCUUCUGUUACAUUCUUUUACGCUUGACAGCCAACGUACACAUCUGUGUUUUCAAAGCGGUGUGAUAUCAGCUUGUUUGAUGGCAUCACAUUGUUUCUGUUUGGACUCUGAGAUGGUUCACAGUGAGUGCUGCUCCGCUGAAUAACAACGUAAAAGUGAUGUAGUGGUCAUGCCAGACAAGUCAAAACAACACAAAUCAUACUGUCCUCUUUAGCUGAGAUUUAUGUCUUUACUUCAUACAUGGAUGUCAGAAGAAAAGCCUGUACAAGCUGUUAGAAACAUUCAACACCACAAAGGCUUCAUGGAUGUUUCAUUCAAAUAUUUCAUUUUAACUCCUGAAAUUGGUGUUUGUGUGUUGUUGUUUAUCAAGAUGGUGGCUUUGUAAAAAGUGCCUGACUCUGAAAAUAAGGCAUCUGUAAUAAUACUGUCAGACACAGAGAGUAAUGACCUGAGCCUGUAGGCUGCGGGAAACUUCUGGCACAUUUUAAAGCCUAAAGAUUAAAAAAUAUGGCCGUAGUUUAACUUUAGAGCAUCUAAAGCUCCUUUAAUGGGUGCAAACAGCCUGACAUCCAACACUCUCUGUGGGAGUCCUCAGCUUUUCUCUGUUGUGUUUUGUGUAAAUUGACAUACCUCAGAGAUUCUCUUUCAGACAUUUCUGGCCGACAGAAUGAGAGAUUUGGAGAAAUUAAAACCAGUGAAAUCACUGCCUAUUAAUGCGAGGAGAUGGAUAUCAUGAUUUAAACUGAUUAAAAGCAGGAGAGUUAAGGUCCAUCUUGGCCUGUAAACCUGAUGUUAUUCAUUUCUCAGGUCUCAAGUCUAAAUCUCAUGACCUGAAAUAGGAACCAGCCAAAUAGCUGCCUGCAGAUUAAGCAGAAGUUAACUUCACUGUAGUUCAGUGUGCUCAAGCAAUGAGUAAGCAGUAAUAUGUGGUGGAGUUAAUAAGAAAGGGCACCUUUACUGAGGAAGGGUAAAUCCUGCCAUGUUUCCACUUACUGGCUCUAAAUAACAUGUUUUAACCCUUUAACCCACUUAGGAGACCACAGACUCCCAAAUCACUGUGGUCAGAACCACGACCCGUUAACCCCUUUACUGCGACUUUACGCUCCUCCAGUUUACCUUUCUGUCAGCGCUGCUUUUAUAAUAACAGCUCCCUUCCUCCCUUCCUGAUUUCAAUCACCUUUAUCUUAUCUUGUGUGAGCAUAUCAGCAGUUUGAACAGAUUUUACCCUCUUGGUUGAUAUAUAUCCGUCUACAAAUAUGACACUAAGGGAUCCUCUGCCAUCAAAGUUUUUCUUGUAGUUUAAAAUAAGCCACAUUAAUUAACUUGUGGACAAGGAAAAGAGAGGUGUCACAGAAAUAGCUUCCAGAGAGGAGCUGUUUUUAGCUCCUGGGACCCUCUCACUAAGUCUCAGAUUGUUAGUUUAGUCUAAACAUAGCAGCAUGGUAAAAUGUAAUCUUCCUGCCUUUAUUAUAAAGGAGGAUUUAAACAGCACUGGCAAUGCCCACCAUCACUAACUAGACCACCAAGCCCUGUGGGCAGCAGGGAGCUGCUGGGGGAGAAUUUCCAGGAAACAUCCUGUUAAAAAAAAAAAAAAAAAAAAAAACGUUUUGUUUUUAAGAUGCGACUCUGUGCUUAUUGUCUUAUAUAGCAAUACAGUAAGUAUAAAAUCACUAUGUGCAGCAAUUAAGUAUUUUCCCCCUAAACCAAACAGUUUCCUUUAACAGCAGGACCAGGGUGCCUGAAAAAAGAAGCUCAAGUCUGCAUGAAAACACCUUUAAACAGAGACUGCCCUUUUUACUGUAAACAAAAUCCUGGAUCCUGUUCCAGUGCAGAAUCUUAAAACAGAUAUGUAGGAAUAAACCUGACGGCUGCAUCAAUCUGACAGUAAUACCCGUCUUUAAGGAGUAUGUUUUGUUUUGAAAUUCAUUUGCAGUUUUGAAACAGUAACAGAUGGUUUGAAACUGAUGUUACGGGGCGUUUUAAUACUCACACAUAGUGAUACAAACUGGAAUCUGAGUCUAAGGGGAACUCUUAAACACAUGCCAGGGUUUCAGUAAAUACCUAAAACUUAUGUUCCUUGAAGUCACAUUCAAAGUGUCUCUAAAAUUGGAAACAAACAACAUAUUUGCUCUCACUUGAGAACUUCCACUUGAACAGACUCAAAGGGGUCAAACAAAAACCCAACAUUACAGCGGUGAACUUCUAAAACAUACACUGAAAUGGAUACCAGGUAUUACCCCACAGCACAUAAUAGAGUACCUUAAAACGUAGUCCAGACUGAACAACAAUCGUGCUCAUAACAAAAACUUGACAUCUUGGUUAAAAAAUUAGUCAAAUAAGGAAAAUUGAAAAAUGUUCAAGGGGACCAUAAAGUAGCUCUUUAAGGGGCCCCUGAGACUUAAAUUAGGUAUUUAUCAAAAAGACAGAAAACUUUCGAAAAAGCCCUGGAUCUGUAACAAAAGACUUAAUAGAGUUAGUUUGCAAAUUAAUAUCUAAGCAUACUCUGAAAUAGUUUUCAUGGGUACCUAAACACAGAUGUAAAUAGGUACAUCUAAUCAAAGAGGAAUAUUAAGAGAACUGUCAGAGAGAAACCAAAGAAAUUCAGCAACAGGCGCUAAAGGGUAUCCCAGAGGACCUUAACCCCCUUGGGGAGCCCCCAAGACACUAAAAAGGUACCUCAGAGCAAAUACCAGAGGGUUCCUUGGAACAGCUGCUUCAGGGCGCUGUAAGACAGAAAUCUUUGAAAAUGAGGCCAAAGGGAGACUGUUUGCAGAUGUUUUAGAGAGUGAUGAAACUGACAACUCGGUGUAUAAGUGCCGGAUAAAUUGUGCAUGACUGUAUUUGGGUGGAUAACUCGUGGUCAUAGCGCUUUGUUCUUGUCUGACAAUUAAAAACACAUCAGCCAGCCAUGCUGUGGGAGAGAAAGGCUUGUUUCUCCCGCAGCAUUGGUAUUUCAGUGUUUUAGAAAACUACUGACCCAUUUUUCCUUUCAAAUUACUUUUAUUGUGUUUUCCUUGGACGUAUUUCAACAGUGAAAGUCAGGGCGCAAGGGAUUCACUUCAACACCUAAAAAGAAAAGGGAAGAGUAAUAAUAAUAAUAAUAAUAAUAAUAAUUAUAGAUAGAUAGAUAGAUAGAUAGAUAGAUAGAUAGAUAGAUAGAUAGAUAGAUAGAUAGAUAGAUAGAUAGAUAGAUAGAUAGAUAGAUAGAUAGAUAGAUAGAUAGAUAGAUAGAUACCAAAACAAUGCAAAUUAAAUAAAAUAAAAUAACCAUAUAAAGUAAAUAGAUAUGGGGGGAAAUAAAGUAAAGUAAAACAAACAAAAAAAUACCAAAUAAUUAAAUAAAGUUUAAAAAAAAAGGGGUGGGGGCAUAGAGACAAAUACAAACACGCAGGAAGGGACAGAGACGCAAGGAGAAGGACUGGGGGUGGGGGGUCUGGUUGUGCAUUCAAUCACUAUUACUCAGCUAGGUCGAAGCUGUUGUGGUUCUUCCUUCUUAACAUGGAAACGUAUCUUUCUGAGCUGUUUUAACAAAGGGUCUGAGCUGAGAGUGUGAUACAGAAAAAUGCCAGAAAAUAGGCAAAUGUUGUUGACUUUGGUGUUUUAAGGAACAGAAAGUCACCAAGAUGGCUGUAAAAAUGUACCAGCAGCGCAAACAAGAAGAACAAGUAAUGCCCAGGAUAGAUUUUACUUGUACUGGAUUGGUUUUUGAGGAUUUUCACCCUCACGCUUGUAAAACUAAGUGUUGUUGUUUGGUUGACACACAAGAGACUCUGACCAUCCAGACAGGCAGAGGUCCAAACCAAACACAAGCUAAUUGACAUCAGAGAGACUCCUCCAGGACCAGAGUCACUCCGGUGAACUCAAACAGACACUUUGGAUCACAGUUAACAUUUGGUGAACAGAUUGAUUCAAGGGAUUUCCAGCAGGCAGACAUAAACAACUUUUAUUCUGCUUUCAAGGAUGUUGACAAGCCUCUGACUGUCAAGGACAAACUCCCAAACAUUGUGUUACUCUAGAGGAUUGUCUGCCAAAUAUCCUCGUCUUUAGUGUUGUAAAAGUGCCACAGAAAGAUUCAAUACAAAACCCCAUUCAUAGACAUAAGUCUACACAUAUCUAGUGUUAGUUUACUUCAGCUCUUGCUGUCUGAUAGUCCCUAUUGAGGUAGACGGCCAUCCAACAAUGUGUUCUGCUUCAGGUUUCUGUGCAGUGGCCAACAGAGGCAAAACUUCUGCAGCAGCCCAAACGAUCUCUUUUGGGAUAAAAGUGCUGCAGAAGUAGAAAUGACACAACCUCAAUGACACAUGCAACCAGCCAAAACAAGAACACACUGUAAAAGUUGGAACAUGAACAGCAAAAGUGUGAUAAAGUUGUGUCAUCCUUGUCCUCCCCUUGAAAAGUCUCACCUAUCUGCAGCUGCUUUCUGCUUUUUGCACUUACAGCGUGUUUGCGGUUCAUGCAGUCAUUUCGGCUCCUUCUCGUGAAGAACACUUGGAUAGCUACAGACAUUGCCGUUGUUAUCCACCAUAUAUCUUCCUCCUAAAAAAAUCACGUUUCCUGCUUGAACAUGUCCCACUCCGCAGCUUCUGCUUGAAUUGUGAAAGCAGAUUUUAGAAACUCGUAAAACUUUGUCCUUAAAUGUUGGAAUAUUUAUCCAUCACUGUAGUUCUGUAUCCUCCAGGAAUUUUCCAGUACCAGUAUCCUGCCAACAACACUGAGUAUCACCCUAAAGUAGAAGGUUACUAGGAGUCCAGCAGACCUCAGAGCAGAGGAGCUGUAACUCAGAGAGCCGCAGUUUAGGGGGGGGUCAGUGAAUUUAUUGAUCCCUGUGGUCGGACUCAGUAACAACAGAGAGCAGCCUAUUGACCCCUCAGCACCAAAAUGAAGACUGAAGAAUGGAAGAGGAGCCAAAUAGAAUCAAAGUUAUCAAAGUGUGCAAAGAAACUGCAGUAAAAAGAGGCUGGAGCAGACAGAGGCGGGAGAUUUGAUGGUAGAGAAAAGAGGAAGUCAGUGAGAUAAAAGCCUUGUUUUAUCUCAGACUGUAAAACGGAAAUUAGACCCAGAUGUGUGACCAUGUGAUCCAAAAUUACUCCAAACUGUGCAAAGUUAUUCAGUACAAAUAAACUGAAAUACAUCCAGGAAAGCUGCUCAUCAAAGUCAGGGACUUAUCACACAAAAGGACCCAAAAGAAGACAGGUUUUAUUCUAAGCUGAUGUGUCCCUGUUUUACAUUGGACCUCAAAGCCACCGGCAUCUGCUGGCUGUUCUCCCUGUGGUGUAGUUAAUCUCACCACUAAUUCAGAGGUGAAACCCCCCCAAAAACCUUCAGCCGGCUGAGUUCUGGAGCACCACAAAGACUAGAGGACGAAAAAAAAAAAAAACAAGGCGGCAAACAGAUUCUGUAACAUGUUUCUUCAGAGAGAUGGAGGGAAAACAGGAGCAGAGAGUCUGUUUGAGUGAGCCGUUACCUCACACAGUCUCUCACAGAGUGGUGAACCUCUUCCCAGAGACUCAGCCUCUCUGAAUGUCCUUUUUAUACCCAGUCAUGUUUCUAAACUGUUGAAAACUAACCUCAUAGGUUAGAGAUGUUCCUCCAGCUGCUUUGAGAGACAUUCGUCAUUGAUAAUAAUUUAAGUGUUUAGUCCUUGUAGUCUAUGAUGAGGGAUUAAUUACCCCAUCUCUUUCUCUGUCCUGCAGCCACGUGGUCCCUUAUGGAUUCGGAUCCGUUCGGCUUAGGAGGGAGCUCGGACGCUGCCUCUGCACGGCCUCUCAGGACACCGAGUGUUUGAGCUUCUGCUCCGCCCACACGCAGACAGAGUGAGCGUGCACACACAAACACACAUAUACACACACAGUCUUAUAAACAUGAAUAUUAACUGUAUUUUCUUUCUCAGAGUGGAUGGUGCUUUGGUGGACAGGAAAUCUGACAAACGGUCGAAGGGAAACUGGGAGGCAUUGUGGGAAAAAAGGAGCCGACACGCGCUCAAACAGAAGACCUGAGAGAGUUGAGGAGGCUCUGCAGUAACACACUAUCUAUCCAUCAGAAAUAACACAAAUGGACCCUUUAGUGUGUCUUCCUGCCCUGACAGGAGUGUGACCAUGACUUGUGUGUGUGUGUGUGUGUGUGUGUGUGUGUGUGUGUGUGUGUGUGUGAGAGAGAGAGAGAGAGAGAGAGUGUGUGAGAGUGUGUGUGAUGUAAAUGUAACACAGUGAAGUGUUAGGAUAGGAGUACUAACCACUUUUGAUCAGGCUGACGACAAAAGGAGGAGCUGGUGGAGCUGGGUGUUAGCGGAUUAUCUUGGCUGAUUUGUGGCUCUGAGGGAACAGAGACUGUGGAUACUGAGACAUCUGGAAAUAAGAGGCUGAUAUAUAAAACUUUUACAGAUUUAACCUUUAAACUCCUCAGCAGAUUUUGAUAUAAAACAUCUUUUAUACACUACAGUAACGGUCUCAUGUGCAGCUUAAUAAAUCUUCCUUUUCUGAUCGAGCUUGUGAAGAACAGUCUCUAAAAUCUCUGCAGGCAAAUACAUCCAGCUGCAAAUGAUAUUUCUUAAAAGAAUUGUCUGAAUCUUGUUAUUGCGGUCAGACAGUGAAAUUUGUUUAGUGGCUUUAAGGUCAAAAGUACCCCAUAAAUUAAUAUCGUAAAGCGAUCACAGGCAAGUUUAAAGACAUACGGAAUGGAAGUAAUGACAGGGUAAAACAACAAAACGACCAUGAAGUAGACUAUGAUAUAUGAUGAAGUGUUUGAGGAAUAAAUUAAUAUAUAUUUAGAGAGUAACAGACAGCAGCAGUGUUGCACUAAAACAUCCAAAACUAAGAUUUAGAGUUUGAGAGCUUUUGAACAGUCAAUCUGUCAAAUUAGGUCAAGUUUCACUUUAAAACAACGUAAGAAUUUCUUUAAUAAAGAUUUUACUCUAAAAUGCAAUAAAAUCAAGUUAAAUAUUCAAAACAAAAGAAAAAAGUUAGUGAGGAAAAGUUUUAACUAAGAGUCUUAAAACUUUUAAAAUUUUUAUGUCUAAAAAAAAUGACAUUUUCAAACUCUGUGAGGUAAAAUUACUGUUGAUAAUUGUUUGAUCUCAUGGAAGAGUCCUUACUUUAUUGUUAGACACUUAUCAAAACAACCAGACCCCCUUUCCUAACAUGCACCCCUGAAAAUCUGCAGAAAAUCUCUGUUCUGCUCACCCUUGAAUUCCUCUGUCACUCAUUCUUAACAGGGGAAACAUUACACUGUCGGACAGGGCUGGGGAAGAAAGAUGUGACUUAUAUCGGAUCCCAUGGAAGUCAUUGUGUUUACAAGGUAUCUAAGAUGGUUAAUACAGCAGAUGAUUCUGACUUUAUAAUGCAGUUGUCAUAUUUAAAGCAAAAACGGAUCAGCUGUGUAAAUAAACCACUUAUGGUACCUGGUAUCUAAAUACUAGAGCACUCUGUCGUCUAUCCCUUCGAUCUGUUCUCUUUUACUCACACAAGCAUUUUCAGAUUUAUUUUUUGACCCCGUCAUCUGAUGUUCAACAUCUCUGGUACACUGGAAACCAUUAUCUUAAAAUCAGCACCACUACUCGACCUCGGUAACUGAAUAACUCUGCCUACUUUUGAGUCUUUAUUCUGGACAAUCACUGUGUCUCUCCAUCUUUGGUGGAGCAACGGCUGAAAUAUUCCCUUUACAGAUAAAUUGAACAAAUGUUGGAGUCUACUGAUCCGUGACUGUCAAACAAUCUCACUUUUCCCAGAUGCAUUUUGAGGAAAAGAAACUGUCAUUUUUGGGUCAGCACAAAUUGAGGUUUAAAAAUACCAGACUUCAUUUUUGACACAGUUUUGUGGUCUAACUAAAACUACUCUAAGAGUCUCUGUUUUGUCAGCGUUUUGUCUUAGAGUCAUGAGUCUCUGGAUAAAAAAAUAAGCCUAAUAAUCAAGCUGACAUAAUUCGAUAACAAUCAGCGCUCACUCACUGAUGGAAAAUGAUAAAGUUUGACAAAGGCUAUUAUUCAGAGCUGUUCACACUGACACAAAUACACAAUGAGGAGUUUAAAUGGAGCAAUAAAAAGUCUUUGAUUACACUCAGACAUCUCACUCUGCCAGAUUACAGAUGAUUAAUCACAUAAUUAAAGACACUUAAUGCUGGUUUUCCUCCUGAAGAGCAACUCUCUGUCAUAGCUGAUAUAAACACUUCCAUGUAAGAUAUAUUAAAUUACAUCAUGUUAUGAAUAUAUGAUAAUGAAAUCCAGAUCUGUUGGUUUCACUUUGCCUCGUUUUGUCCUGAUGUUUUUAAGCUGCGACACGACACAUCUGUAAGCUAGCUUUCGUAGGAUGUUCUGAACACCUGUCUCUUUAAAAUGUAUUGCAACAUAUAUGUACGAAUGUUGAUUAUUUUAUUGCAGGAUAUUUAUUUUGUUAAAGAUUUUUAAAUUCCUUAAACACAUUAAAAACAACCUUUAAAAGCUG